AUUCGCAGCCCCUCUGGCAUCUAGUGCCUCAGGCCCUAUUGGUGGUGUACACACGACAACAGCCAUGGCCACCCACCUGCCUCAUUCGUUUUCUCCAGUGGUACAGCUCUCUCAAGAUGUUCCAACGUCUCCAAUGAUGACUCUGGUCCCUCACACACAGCCUUUAAACGUUGCCAAUAGUGCUACGUCCAACUCUCAUGCAUUUGCUUCAUGCGCACCAAGUGUUCGACCAAAUGCUCCAGUGACAACUUCAACUAGUUCUGCUGAUUUUCUCCAGGUUAAAGUCCCUUUGGCUGCCUUUUCUCAUUUUAAUUGGAAAGAUAUUGCUGGGGCUGAGCUCAAGGGGUUGAUUGAUUCGUCCUUUGCAUUAUUUCAUAUCCCCUUUGCUUCCCUUGCACAAUUUUCACGUUAUAAUGUGCAAGGGGCUGUUGUUAUGGCUUUGAUUGGGCCGGAUGGGAGUGUUUAUGGUGAUGAUAAACCUGUCUCUUAUUCCCCAAUCACCCAACCCCAUUUGUUCCAACAUCAUACCCUAGAACUCCCACAUGAACGCAAGGCACGCUUAGCUCAAGAGGCUGCAUCCAUGGCUGAAACUGCUGCCAUCCCAGGUGCUCCAACGCACAAGGAGAAGGUUACUGAAACCUCCCAAAAUCCUAGUCUGCUCCAACGCAAGGCAACCUUAAGAGAGGUCUCAUUUGCACCUCCUCAUGAUCAGGCCAAAGAGAAACAGGGAGUGGCCCAUAUAGAUGUUUCAAAAACAGGUAAAAAUGGGGUUUCAUCACUGCCAUUAGACGCUACUGUCCUUCACACCACCUCGGUAGUAGUUGGGCUACCUCACACAACUAAGCCCGAGGGGCCACCCAGCGCACCAAAGCUCUCCUUUGCACAAGCCGUGGCAGGUCCUACAACGCCAGGUAUUUCUUUACGGGCCAAUGUUUCCCGACCUUGUGCUAUUUUAUCAAAUGUGGUAGUUGAGGAUAAAGUCCCUACUUUUCAUAGAGGUACACCUGCUGUUGUUUUUAAGAAAUCGGAAAUGCAACAACUUUCUCAACUGGAUAAUUUUCUCUUGAUUGGUAAAUUUUCUCAUGGACGCCCAGAAAUUGCCACGUUGAGGAAGUUGUUUGUUGCACAAUUUAUUCUUAGGGGGUGGUCCCCAGAAUUUAACGUUAAAACUGAAUCCUCCGUUGCGCCGGUGUGGGUGACGUUUCCUAAUUUGAGGGCUGAUUUAUUUAAUGAAAGUGCCAUCCACCAGCUUUGUAAGCCCAUUGGGAGGUGUUUGAAAGUGGACGUAGCUACGUCCACUUUUUCAUGUCCCAAUGUGGCUAAAGCCCGGGUGGAGAUUGAUUUGUUGAAGCCUAGGAUUGAGCAGAUUUGGAUUGGUUUCUCUGAUGCACCUGGCGAGGAGGAUGUGGGCAUGUUCCAGCCUGUGGAAUAUGAACGCAUUCCAAAGUACUGCACGGCUUGUUUCAAACAGGGUCACGAUAAUACUUCGUGCAAUACUUUGAUUCCUAGCCAGCCUGAUCAGAGGACAGUUGUUGUUGUUCCCCAACCUGCCAUGACUGCACCAACGAAUACCCAACCUCCUAGACGGAGGCGAAGUAGGAGUCGGGUUAGACGUCAAAGGGAGGGGAAAGCUAUUGCUUUGGAUGAUGCAGGUAUGGGUAGCUCCCAUCGAGAGGAGUCACAGUAUGUUUGGAGAGAAAAGACUGUGAAAGGAUCCCGACCUAUUGAGGUCGUGGAUGUCGAUGGUUCAGUCAUGACGAGUGUAGCUCGUAGACUAGUGACGGGUCCAGAGGUGAUCAUUUUGAGGAUCCCACUUACAUUGCCCGGGAUCUUGCAGCGCGUGGUUUUUCCCCUGCAAGGGAGGCUGGGACUACUAGGGGGCAUGAGGGUGGUGGGUGAUUUCAACUGUCUGCUCGAUCCCUCGGAGAAGAAAGGUGGUCGGCCGUAUGCUUCAGUCAAAUAUCGGCCAUUUGUUGAAUGCGUGGAGGAUUGUGAACUGGUUGAUUCUCCUUUCACUGGGGAGGAAUAUACCUGGUUCAACAAUCGAGUGGGCGGCAUGGAGAUUCGGAGCCGGAUUGACCGAUUGCUGUUUAACCAGCCAUGGAUGGAUAUGUUCUCUUGCUUGGUGCAUCACUUGGAUAGAGUUGGAUCUGAUCAUGCUCCGCUGUUGGUGGAGUGUAAGUCUCAUGAGCGUCUUCCUGCACGGCCUUUCACCUUCCUUAAUGUCUGGAGGGAGCAUGAGGAUUUUCAGAGAGUGGUGUCCGAUUCUUGGCGGGAGGACAUUGCUGGCAGUCCCAUGUUCAUAUUUGAUCCUUCGGAUGAGACCUACAUUGAGUUCAAGAGGCGCUCUGCACUUUUGAAGCGCCACUACCGUAUCGAGGAUGAGUUUUGGCGGCAGAAAGCCCAUGUGAAAUGGGUGACGGACGGGGAGAGGAACUCGGGGUACUUUCACUCUAUAGUGAAGGAUCGCCGGCAGAAGCUUUACAUUCACCGCAUACAAGAUGAUCGUGGGCAGUGGGUCACGGAGAGAGCCGCAAUUGCAAUGCAUGCGACCACCUUUUUUCAGGCCAUGUUCACUGCAGAUCCUAGUGUCACAUCUUCGGCCUUAGAUAUGAUUCCACGGCUGGUCACUGAUGAUGAUAAUGGUCGGCUAUGUGCUGUUCCGGAGAUGGAGGACGUCAAGACUGUGGUCUUUGCUAUGGAUUCUCGGAGUGCAGCGGGACCCGAUGGAUUUACUAGGGCUUUCUAUAAAGCUGCUUGGACGAUCAUUUGCAUGGACUUAUUGGCGAUGGUGCAGGCUUUUUUCUUGGGCCACGAUCUGACUCGCUCCCUCACUGACACUUUUAUUGUUUUGUUGCCCAAGAAGCCCAAUCCUGUGACCUUUGCGGACUUUAGACCCAUCUGUCUGUGUAAUUACUGCAAGAAGAUCAUCACAAAGAUUAUGGUGGUUCGCUUGGCUUCUGUGCUCCCUCGCCUGCUAUCCCCCCAUCAGAGUGGGUUUGUGGCGGGGCGAUCUAUCACUGAUAAUAUUCUUUUGGCCCAGGAGAUGUGUCACGGGAUGCGUGUGGAUAAUGAAGAUGUCAUUCUGAAGUUGGAUAUGAUGAAGGCCUAUGAUCGAGUCUCUUGGUAUUUCUUGAUGUCAGUGCUAUGCAGAUUUGGAUUUUCGGAGACUUGGAUCGAUUUGGUCUAUCGGGCCAUCUCGAAUAUAUGGUACUCAGUCAUUAUUAAUGGGAUUCGGGAGGGCUUUUUUCAUUUGACGAGGGGCCUGCAGCAGGGGGACCCACUCUCUCCGUCCUGGUUCAUUCUAUCAGCAGAGGUCCUAUCUCGCUCUUUGACUCAGCUGUAUACAGAUCCUACAGUUGUUCGUUUUACACAGCCUCGUGAUGCACCGCAUAUCCACCAUCUUGCCUAUGCCGACGAUAUUGUCAUCUUUACAUCGGCGAGGGGGGACACUUUGGAGCGAGUUCGAGCGAUUCUACAUUCAUAUGAGCAGAUUUCUGGCCAGGCUGUCAGUUUCCCCAAGAGCGCGUUCUAUAUGCACCCUAAGGCGCUGGCCCCUGUGCUGGAGCGUGUUAGAGAUACUCUCGGGUGUGCUUUGGAUAUGCUUCCAUUUACUUAUCUUGGCUGCCCUAUCUACCAGGGAAUCGAUUUGGACGGGGUUCAUCCUGUGUCCAAGCAGCGCGUUAAUAAUGAUUCUCACACAUGGAAGCGCAUGCUGGAUGUUCGGGCCGUGGUUGAGCCUAUGAUUCGAUGGUGUGUAUUUUUUGGCACGUCUAAUUUCUGGUGGGAUACAUGGUCUGGACUGGGUGCCUUGCAUCGUCAGGUGGACGGCUGUAGUGGAUAUUGGACUGAUGAAGUGGGCUAUAUGUAUCGCUCUGAUUUUAUGAUUGACCAUGAUGCGCUGCCCCCUGACCUCCAACGACAACUGUGCCUUGAGCCGCCAUCUCUUGUUUCUGAUCAUGCAGAUAUUUCGAUCUGGACCCCGUCUACGGACGAGAAGUUUACUCUUGCUUCUGCUAAGGAGCUUCUUAGACCGAGGAGGGACGAAGAGCUAGAGGACACUGUGCUUAAGAGGUGCUGGCAGAAGCACUUACCCUAUAAGAUGUCCUUUCUAGCGUGGCGCGUUUUGAUGCAACGCCUCUCCACUGAUGAUGUCCUGGCGAGAUUUGCCUUUGCUUUGCCCUCUCGGUGCUUCUGUUGUUCGCCGCCAGGACGAGAGACCAUAGCACAUAUUUUCUAUCGUGGGAGCAUGGCGCGGCGUGUUUGGACUUAUUUCACAGAGUCUGCCCGCAUCCAGGGCACACAUCACAGUUUGAGGUACAUUUUGAGUAUAUGGUGGGCGCGGAGGCCGAAGAGCAGGAUGCUCUCGUUCCUAUUCCAUCGCUUACCGACUAUCAUUCUUUGGGAGCUUUGGACGCACUAUGCUGCGUGCAAGUAUGGGGAUGCUAGUCCGAACUUCGCACGCAUUAUCUUUCGGGUAGCUACGGCGGUGUCGGAGUGCAUCUAUCGUCGCUGGCCUAGUGGGGGUCCUUUGCCUCCCCGAUGGUCGCUGAUUAUGGAGCACGUUCGACGAGGCUCUAGACGCAGGAGGAUAGCGCCGAUUUGGUGGGUCCCACUGCCGGGUGGCACCAUCAAGGUGAAUGUGGUGAGGGCCCCGCUCCGUGGGGCAUAUGCAGCGAUCGUGCGUGACUCGACAGGUAAGUUUCUUUAUGCCCUCUCUUCUAUUGCUUUCAGGUGGGACCCAGUGGAACGUGGAGGGAUGGACGUGCUUCUUCGGUGUAUUCAGUGGUGUAUAUCCCAGUCUUUCUUGCGUAUCCACGUGGAGUCCCACCUUUCAAAGUUAGCUUGUUUCUUUAGAGAGGGUACCCCGUGGUACCUUCAUGAUGUUUAUGUUAGGGUGCGUUUCCUCUGUUCUAUUGCGACGGUCCAGUGGUUUCAUUGUGACGUUCGAGCGAAUGGUCUGACGAUUGAGUUGGCUUUGUGGGACGUGGAUAGUACAGAUGGGACGCGGGAGUUUACUAAUCUGCAGGAUCUUGAUAUUCGGGCUGGAUGGACUAAUCGGCUUGGGCGGCCUUCUGGAUUGGACUUCCUGGAUGGGCUGGCCUUCACUUAUGUUGGGCUGGUCACGAGAUUGCAGCAACUUGGGCUUGGGCAUUUGGACGCACGACUGAGAUGGCCGGCUUGCUGGACUGGGCUGCGGGCUGGGCGCUGGCCUAUUGAUUGGAUUGGACCUACGGCGGUGGGCUGGAGCUGGCUAGGCUGGAGGGUAGACGACGUCACACACAGUCCGGUAUCGCUGCCCAAGCAAGCCCGUCACUGCCCAAGCCCGCCCGGAUCUGUGAUCGUUGUUGCUCGAUUUCAUCCUCACUGUUCAUGGUCAAAAUUCACUGCCCGAACCUCACCUUCAUGGCCCGGAGGUCGCCGGAGUUGCUGGGUGACCACGGUUGUCAGUUCACCGGAUAGUUACCAGCUCACCGCCGCCACUGGAUGCUGGCUGUUACUCUGCCGGAGCUGCUGGACUUCGCCGGAAAAGAGGUCGCUAGACAAGGGGUUGCCGGAAGAAGUCGUCGCUGGUCACUGUGGUCAGUCAGCGGCGUCGCUGCCGGAACUCGGCGUUAGAUUGAGCGCUAUUGCGUUGUUGAUUUGCCUAGAGAAGAAUUGGCUGGAGUUGAUGCUGGGAUUUGGCCAGACGUUGUCGGAGCUCGCUGGUUCGAGGUUCGCAGAAUGCUCACCGUCGUCGCCUCUGUAGAUCGUCGCCGGUCGGACGACUCUUCCGCCUUGCCGUCGUAACCCAUGUCUGCGAAUAAGAAAGAUGAGCGAGGACGAUGACGUCGAUUUAGAUACACGCAAGCGAAAGAUCCUAUAUACUCCGUAUUCGUCCACUUUUGACUUUUGGAAUUGUUCAUCUAAGCACUUUGACUCAUCAAAUUCUCUCAAUGUGUAAGCCUAAAUAUAGUCAUUUGUGAUCU